AUGGCUACCAACGAUUACAAGCACGGCUACGGCGGUGAUGGCCUCGUCAACGGCAACAGCUCAAGCCAAGACUACGACGAGAAGGCCCGCAGUGAUUUUGAAGUCGUUCCUUCGAAGAGCAAGGGCUCUAUGGGGAAGGACGAUCCCUUUGGAGAUGAGACGAAUUCAGAAGUCAAAUAUAGGACUAUGGCUUGGUGGCAAGCGGGAAUGAUCAUGAUCGCCGAGACGAUCUCCCUCGGGAUCCUCUCGCUCCCCUCCGUUCUUGCCUCCCUCGGUAUCGUACCCGCCGUCAUCUUAAUCAUAGGUCUCGGCAUCAUCGCAACGUACACCGGCUACGUAAUUGGCCAGUUCAAACUCGCCUAUCCCCACGUCCACAACAUGGCCGACGCAGGCGAAGUCAUGGCUGGUCGAAUUGGUCGAGAGAUCUUCGGCGGCGCCCAAAUCCUCUUCCUGGUCUUUGUCAUGGGCAGCCAUAUCCUCACAUUCUCCAUCAUGAUGAACACAGUGACUUCUCACGGAACCUGCACGAUUGUGUUUGGCAUUGUGGGCAUGAUGGUGUGUAUCGUCUUCUCGCUACCGAGGACGUUGAAGAAGGUUAGCUAUAUGGCUAUUGCAAGUUUCAUCUCUAUCUUGUCGGCCGUGAUGAUCACCAUGAUUGGUGUUGGUGUGGAAAGGCCGGGCAGUGGGAAGGUGGAUGUAACGGUUCAGUCAGACCUCUCUAAGGGCUUUGAAGCAGUUACCAACAUCAUCUUCGCCUAUGCAGGGGACCUAGGCCACGUCGCAUUCUUCUCCUUCAUCUCCGAACUCCACACUCCAGAAUCCUACCCAAAAGCCGUUUUCCUCCUCCAAGGCGUCGACAUCUCCAUGUACCUAAUCGUCGCAAUCGUGACCUACCGCUAUGCCGGCAGCGAUGUCGCAUCCCCAGCUCUCGGCUCCACUUCCCCUCUCUUACGGAAAAUAGCCUACGGAAUCGCGAUCCCUACCAUUGUGAUCGCCGGCGUGAUCAACGGCCACGUCGCGUCAAAGUACGUAUACGUUCGUCUGUUCAGAGGCACGGACCGGAUGAGCAAGAAGAGCUGGAGCAGUUUUGGACUAUGGGCUGUCAUCGUGCUGGUGCUUUGGACCAUUGCGUGGAUUAUCGCCGAGGCCAUUCCCGUGUUCAACGACUUAUUGUCACUCAUCAGCGCUCUGUUUGCGAGUUGGUUUACGAUGUUUCUGUCUCGGGGCCAUCAUUUGUGGACUAGGACUAUAUUCGUCCGGGACGGCCAUCAACAAGGACGCCACGAGCUCAAACGGGAGCUUUUCAUGCGCGGAUAA